UUUAAAAAAAUGGAUAAUUUUGUUAAAGUGAAACGGCUUGAACCUCCAUAUUCCAUUGAAUAUGGAACAAUUCCUUCAAAUUGGAUUGAAGAAAAAAAUGAUAGCUUUUUGGUGUGCUGGCUUCCAGUUCCUAAUGUGAAGCCAUUAAUUUUAAAAAGGCAACUACCAAAAAAAGACUGGUUCAGGUUUAUUUUGUUGAAGAAAUAUGGAAGUGGAAGCAGUUUUUCUGAAUGUGAGCUUGUCCCCUCAGCCAUUGAUACGAACGAAGAUACAGAUGAUGAUAAUCUUUCCAAGCCAAAAUGUCGAACAGCUUUACCAUAUUUUAUGAGUGAUUCUGAUGAUUUGGGUUGUUUAAGUUACUUUACUUUAUUUUGUUUGGUAUUAUACUAAAAGAUUUUUUUGACGUAUCAGCAAAAUUUGUAAAACAAGUAUAUUGUUGAUUAUAGAUAAUAAUGUUGCUUACAAUCAACUAAAAAGGCCUAAAUUGGUUUGCAGCAGUGAUGAAGAGCAUGAGACCGUAGUCGACAAGUUUCCGUUACUUCCACCAUCACUACAAAAAUGUUCUUUACUUUAUCUUUAUUUAAAAAUUUAUACUUAUAAACUUUUUUUUUGUUGUGUAGUCAAUACUGUUAUAUACAUUUUUCUUCUUUGAGACAAAUUUUUUAGACUUUGAUAUUGCAAAUAAUAUUCUUUAAAACACUGAACUUAAAUUUAGUAAGAUCAAUGAUUAUUAUUUGUUAUGCUAACAAAGAUUUUUGCAGGACUUUACAAUAUACAUCUAAAGUAUAUCAGAUAUGUUUUAAUUAGUUUAUUUUUGCAGAUAUUUUAAAGUGUAGUUUUCUAUCAUUAAAUUUAAGUUUAUUUCUUUUUGAAGUGCCUUCAAAUCUGAAUUUGAUUGAUAAAAAGAAGCGGAGAAUCGAUAUGGAGAUUGAUCCAGUAUCCCAAACUAAAGUACCAUCGUCUCAAUCUUAUCUCCUGCAGCAUAACACAAGCAAUAGUUGCAGCAGUAAAUCUUUGGAUGACAUAGAUAGUACACCCACUGUAUCACAAGAUGUUUUCCAGAAAAAUGUGAUGAAAGUUUUAAAAAAUAUAAAAAAAGAUUUAUAUGAUAUUAAGGAGACCCAAAAAGAUCUUUUAGAAAAAUUUUCAGUUCUGCAGCAUAAAAGGAUAGAUAAUGAUAAUACGUUUGUCUUAAUUACAAUUGACAAUGUUGAGGAUUUGGGGAAGUUAGAAAGUAAAUUAGAAGACAAAAAUAUAUAUUUGCAGCUGGUGGCAGUUUCAGCUCGUGCUUGUGGCAUCCACCCUAAAAAAAGUAUCUAUGAAGCAAUGAAUAAACUUUUAACUAAAGAUGUUGCUUCGAAAUAUAAUAUAACGGGCACUGCCCAGAAGAGUAAUUUUUGCACGGAAUUCAAAAAUAUUUAUUCAGCCAUUAUAGGCAGUUAGUAGUCAGCAUGCUGACACCAAAGAUAUUCAACUCCACAGUUUUAUUGGAGAGUACUUGCGACAGGCUG